AAUUGCGUUUUUUUUACGGCAGAUAUGCCGUAAAAUAUGCCAAAUCUAUACCGUAAAUUAGAAAGCAGCGCCACCGCCGUUAAAAAGCUUCGAGAGCCUGGAGAGGGCCGAAGAGCGAGGAGUUUAGAGAGAAGAAGGACGAGCUGCGCGGAUGCUCAUUGGCGCGCCGGCCGUUCGCGGCGCGCGAAACGCGCAUGCGCUAAGGCAUUAGCGCGCGCUGUAGAAGACAAGACGCACGUUACCGCAACUUCGGCCGUCCCGGCGCUGCGGCUUUGGAGCCAAGUGGAAAUCGUACACGUGCACACAAAGAAGAACGGUUGGUCGCCUUGUAAGUGCAGAUCGCGACGCGGCGGCGGCAGCAGCGGGGGUGGCAGCGCCAUUGGGGAAGUCGAGGUGGUUCACGUUGCGGCUUCCUCAACUAUGUUUCUCUUCUCCGCCCGUCACCGCAGGAACUCUGGACGUUCUCUCUUUGGUGUGCUCGCAUGCCACGGACUGUGUGCGACGCAUUUGCAGCCAUGUCUCAUUGUAAAACAGGUUGAUUUUGGCGACGCACGCAAAUGACUUUAGCGUGUUUUUCCGCGCUUUGGUUGCUCGCCGAUGCAUUUCAUUGAUGUUAGCGCAGUGGUUGCAAGGCGGCGUGUAUUCUCUGUAUGCUGUGUUUUGUUCGGAAAGUGAAAUUUUAAAUUAAUUCGAUUUAAUUUCCUCGUGUUUCGUGUGUAUUUCGCGCGUACUGCAGAGACAUGGUGCAGGUGUCCUUGUCAUACUGGCCUAAAUACAGUGCUGAAAAUUUCAACUUUCUUUUGUAAGAGCAAGGUUAUGAUAUACUGAAACGGGAGCGCGAAAAUAUGCGCACGAACAUAAAUUGAAGGAUUUCGGCUGACACAGAAGAAAACGCAUCGUUUGAAUCCAUUUGCUAAGAAUAGUCUUUGCUUCUCGUGCUAAUCUAUCAAUCGUAUAUUUAUUACAUUGAAUGAUUGCGUAAUCCGUGUGUUUGUGUUACUAUUGUCGCGUUCGCGUUCAUUUCAUCUUUACUCUAGCUAAGCAGCACUAUGUUUUCAUGCAAUAAUUGUGAGUUUAAGUCGGGGACACUUGUGGGAUAUUGUCGUCAUUUUGGCGAAGAAAGCUUCUGUUCUCGAACAAUUCCUUGUGUACAUGUUUGUUGUUCUCACCAAUUUAUGACGUACGCCGCGCUGAGAUGUCACAUUCUCCGGAAGCAUCCAAGCAAGUCACCAUUGUGCAGACCUAGCCUCGAGCUGCGGGAUGAUUUCCUUUUUCUUUGUAGUGCAGCGGGUUGCGUAAAGGAUUUUCAGAACAGAGCUACCUUAUUGAAACAUUUGUAUCAACAUUUAAGGUCGGGAGUUUCUGUUCAGUGCCCCUUCAGAAGAUGCGGGAAGUUAUUCCAGACAACGUCCUCGUUAUCAUGUCACUUAUCAAGGAAUCAUGGUAGCAAAGCGAAGGCCAAUGAGCAAGUUUCCUUGGUUCCUCCUAAUGAAAUUGAAGGCCCCGAGGGUGCUACUUCCGUUCACGAUACUGGGGAAUCAAUGGAGACUGCAGGGCCUACCAAUGAGCCAGCAUAUCUGGAACUCAGACAAUGUGCUGAGCAUGAACUCGCUCUUUUUUAUCUUAAGCUUGAAGCAAAGCUGAUGGUCCCUUCUAGCACAGUGCAAGUAAUAGCUGAGAGCAUCCUCCGUGUUCACAAUAUAAACCGGCAAGUUACCUUGUUAAAGUUGCGCGAACAGUUGGAAAAGAAAAUGGCCAGGAGGGAUGCGUCAGAAAUUGCGAGCGAAGUUGACACAGAAAAUAUCUUCAAGGCACCAUGUUCAUUAUUUAGCACUGAGUAUAAGCGAAAAGCAUACUUUAAAGAAAUACUUGCAUAUGUUGCACCCAUAAAUGUCAGGCUUGGUCGUGACAAAUACCGGAGGGAGAGAAGUUUUCAGUACAUUCCAAUCUUGGAGACUUUAGCAAAGCUAUUGACCAGCAAAGAAGUAGCUCAGUUUUUGUACGACCCGCAGCCUCCAGGAGUUGAAGGGGAGCUGGCGGAUAUAACUGAUGGACUAAUUUGCAAGUCUAACAGUUUUCUCACCUCUGAAAAUGUUCUUCAAAUCGUGCUGUAUCAGGAUGCCUUCGAGGUGGCCAACCCACUUGGCUCUGCCCGAAAAAAACACAAGCUUGUAGGGGUGUACUAUACCCUCGCCAACUUCAGUAUUCACAAUCGAUCAAGCAGAGAUCACAUUCAGUUAGCGCUUUUGUGUCUGGAAUCCGAUCUCAAGCAGUUUGGUCAGGAGAAAAUUUUUGGACUGCUGCUGAACGAUCUUGUAGCACUGGAAAAGGAUGGAAUUCACCACGGUGACAGUCGUGUCAAAGGAACAGUAAUAGCAAUACUGGGUGACAAUGUGGGAUCGCACUUCAUUGGCGGCUUUCAAGAAAACUUUAGCUUGUCUAACUACUUCUGCCGCUACUGCCUAAUCACACGUAUAGAAUUUCAACACAAGCCUUACUUAACUGGGGAGAAAAGAACACCAGCUAACUAUAACCAAGCUGUUUCUCAGGCUGAGAACAGUGGGUUGCCAUUCGAAGGUGUGAAGUGUGCUAGUAUUUUUAACAAACUAGACCACUUCCAUGUUUGUAACCCAGGCCUUCCACCCUGUAUUGGUCACGAUCUUUUUGAAGGCGUAGUUUCUUAUGACAUGUUGCUGUUUCUAAAGUACUUUGCUGAAAACAAACGCUGGCUUACUUUUCAGUACCUCAACUACCGUAUAAUGAAUUUCAAAUACAAAGGAGCAGAUGCACGCAGUAAACCCUGUGAAGUGAACGCACGCAGCAAUAAGUUAGGUGGUGAAGCUGUAAGAACAUGGGUCUUGUUUCGUCUACUGCCUGCCAUGAUUGGCCAUAAGAUUCAAAACGGCAAUGAUCCAGUGUGGAGAUUGUACUUGAACUUGAGGAAAAUAGUAGACAUUGUGUGUGCACCUGUAAUCACAGAAGGGCAAUCAGCAUACUUGAGUAUUAUUAUUCAGGAAUACUUGGAGGACAGAUGGGAACUGUUUCCUUCAGAGCCUUUGAAGCCAAAGCACCACUACAUGCUUCACUAUGCAAGCAUGCAGAUUCAUUUUGGGCCCUUGAUAAAUGUGUGGACCCUCAGAUUUGAGAGUAAGCACUCCUUCUUCAAAAAUUGUGUUCGAUCCUCAAAGAAUUUUAAGGCAGUUGCUAAAACCCUUGCAGAGAAACACCAACUGCUGCAAGCAUUCUUGUAUAGUGAAGCAUUUUUCGGACCAGAUAUCUCUUUCAAAUCUGCUAUUCCGUUUUGUGCUGGAGAAUAUAGUGCCAAUGUUCAGGCUUGCCUUGCUCAGUUCAACCUGGAGCCUGGUACUUCUGUAGCAAGUCGGUCAGUUGUGUGGAAGGGCACGGACUACACUGUUGGUGAUUUUGUAGCAUUGAAUUUAUACAAAGAGCUAUGCUUUGGGGAAAUCUCCCUAUUUGUCGUGAAAAACAGGGCUAGCGUGUUUGUUGCUGUCAAGGUGUAUCAAGCCAACUUUUUGCCGCAUCUUCAUUACUAUGUGCUGCGAGAGACAAACACUUGCAGUGCAUUACCCAUGAGUGACCUUGCUGACUACUCCCCACUUCCUGCUUAUGAUAUCCGCGCACAGAAGAUCAUCGUGUUGAAGCACAUGAUUCACGGUCACCAUGGAGGCGGUGCACCUGGAUGUGGUGAAUGCUCUUCCGAACUUGAGUGCUGAAAUUCUACAGAAUGUCAUGAGCAAGCUGCUGGACCUCGGUGUAGAGUCGUGUGGUGACCUCUGUUUGCUGACUGAACAGGACUUGUGUGACGUGAUGAAACCUAUACAAGCACGGAAGCUCAUCACCUACUUCAAAAGUAAAAGCACUGUGGAUCAAACUGAAACAGGCGAAAGUCAACCUGCAACACCGUCGAGGGCACAUAGCGGGCUGGAACAAAUUAAACAAGGCUAUCCUUUCCUGAAUUCCAACUGGGUAGAAUCGUUCGACAUACCUUGGGACAGCAUGCCAAAAACCCUGCUGGAGGCUUUGCACAAAAGUAAGCGUCCGACACCAAGAGACCGUAGGAAGAUGGUUCGAGUAAUCAUAGAUAGUGUCAAGAAGGUCUGCCCAAAACCUCUACGGAAACACCUUGCCGUUGUUGCCAGGAAGGUCGUCGAACUGCACCCUUCUUCUUUCAAAGAUGUAUUUGAUAACACUGUAAUUGGAACUGGCUAUGACUCUUUGCUUAACCAACUCGUGUGCCGGGUUGAAAAUGUAAACAGGGAGGAUGUGCACGAAGCAAAAGUUCGUGAUAUGCGGUGUGCGAAAAAAAGGUCAAGUUGCAUACCAUACCCAGAACAAGAAACGUCGACAAAGGACGAUGCGGAAAUGCGAAGGGAGCAGGAAGCACUACAAACAAUGUUUAAGGCUGACUCUUCGUACACUGAAGAUGUACAUGUGCUUAUGGCAUCAACCCACCGGCUUCAACAAUUGGACAUCAAGCUGGGCACUUCAAUUACGGAGCUGAAGAAAGCUUGGCCAUUUUUGUUUAUGCCCUGCGGGCUCGAGAGUCACGUAGAACUUCUUCUUGGUGUAAAUGUAACAGAAACAUUGGAUCACUCACUCCGAAACAAGAAGAGGGUGAUCCUAGACUUCUUCGACAAGGAAAAACAUGGCAAACCAAACAUCAUGCGUGCAUGGAGAGAAGCGCCUUGUUCAACGCAGGCAGAAGCUGAAUUCCUUCGCAUUGUGUUGCUGACCAUGGCAUGGUUUGAAGAAGAGCGAGAUGGACUCAUUCAGAGUAAAGAAGCCCACUUGAGCUCAGAGGAGAUAGAAAGGUGCCAGGACACACCGGUUUCUCCCUGCAUAAUCGCAGCAGGUGAUGACAUCUGGAUGCCUGAAGAGUACCUAUUGCUUGUUGAUGGCCAUGUUGUGGCAGCAGCAAAGACAUUCAAGCAAGCAUUCUGCAUGCUGUUUGCAGCUUACUUCUGCUUCCACAUUUGUUAUGCAGAGAAGGCGUCAUGCACACUUGAAUUCAUACAAAGGUAUAUUUUAUUUUCUGUUAAUGCUUGUAUUUGUUCUGCAUCAUGCGCAUUAAUAGCAUAUAUUGUACUGGCCUUAAGAGGAAGAAACUGUAUACAAGCACCUUUAAUAGCUCUGUGGAUAUUGUAAGUUCAGUGUCCUAGCUUGAUACAAGAAAUUGACGGUAGUUGGCAGCAGGAACCAGCAGACAUUGUUUCUGUGUAAUCAAAAAUAACACUGGACUAUUUGAAGCUUAGUCCACUUUUUUCAGCUUCACAGUAAACGUCUGUAAAGCUGAAAAAUGUUGAGGACUAAGUUUCAAAUUACACAGAAGUAAUGUGUUCCGGUUCCUGCUGCGAGCUACCAUCAAUUAUUGGAGUUAAUCGGAAGGUCAAGCUGCUCCCAUAUCUAUAGCAGCGAGAUUUAUAUUCAGUUUGCAAGCCCCCAAGGUAACAAGCAGAUCUAAAAUAUCCUUAGGUAAAAUGUGUUCACAUUAAAGAAUAAAAGCACUUUAGGGAUUUGUUGCAUCUAAAAGCAAAACCCAUCUGUGGCUUUUUUCUAUGAUGAAAGUCAGUCAGACCUCCCACGUGCACCUUACACCAGAUGCACCUGUAUGAUAAAAAAAAGUCAAGUCACAUCUCCUGGGUGUUAGGUGGAGAAACGGUGCACGAAAAUCGGGGACAGGACGAGAAGUACACAGCAGGCUUUGUCAGUUACUCUAUUUUUUCUGCGCUGUUUCCUAUUCAACUUGCUCAUGAAACAACUUGUCCAACUUUGAAUCCUUUCGUAGGCUGGUGUUCUUUAAAAAAAUCAUUAUUUGUAUGUCAUGUUUGAAAUCAGCGUGAGCUGUGGCAUUAAAAAAAAUUACAGAUUGUCCGAAUCACUUCUUUAUGCUGUUAUGUAUAGGCUGUAUUGCAAUUAUGCCUGCCUUCUCUU